CAACGUUCAGAUCGCAUUCCGAAUGCUCCUGAAGAGAGAAACGGCUUCAAUCACUUGUUGCUUGAAACUGACUGCGUUGAGACGUGACAAUGAUGAUGCUAUCGUCAAAUGAAUCCGUGAUACGAAAGCCUUUUUACAUGGAUAGUGGCGCCGAAAGUGGAUCCUCACCGGAGAAUCGUGUCUCCACUAUGGGGUUUAGUGGGCAUCAUUUGUACAAUCAGCAACCCUCUCAAACCAACCAGCCUCCGCCAAUGUCCAGAACACAUCAAUAUCGAAAGGUGAUGAAACCCUUGCUGGAACGAAAACGCCGUGCCCGGAUCAAUAAGUGUCUGGAUGAAUUGAAAGACAUUAUGGUGACAGCCCUUCAAGCCGAAGGGGAAUCUAUUUCCAAGCUAGAAAAGGCCGACGUUUUGGAGCUAACCGUUAAGCAUCUUCAAAAGUUGAAACAACAAAACGCUCUAGGACUAACCCCACAAUCCACAUAUGUGGGCAAAUUUCGUGCCGGUUACGCCCACUGCGCCCAAGAAGUGUCUAAGUUCAUGACUCAAUCCGCCGGAGUGGACAAUCAUGUGUCGACACGCCUGCUGUCGCAUUUGGGCGGUUGCAUUCAAGCCAUGGAUGUUGUGCCACCCUCAGCCUUUGACGUGUCUUCUCCCGCUGUACCUCAGACUGUCUCAGUGGUAGGAAGCAAGGUCCAAGAUGAUGUUCACUCCUCAUUUGAUGAGGACGAGGCUACCCACCAAGCCCUAGAUCUGUCUUCCAAGACCAUUGGCGAAGAUGCCGCUCGACGUAGACAAUUGUCUCGAGACAGUGACAGUGGGAAUAGCUCGUUAGGGCACGAGGACAAUCAUUGCCGGAGUAAUAAUCUGAAGAAAAACAAUGAUAAGGCUCUUGAGAACAACAACAACAACAACAACAACAACAACAACAACAACAACAACCUUCACCACCACCUUCGCCCUCCGCUUGACGGCUCCGACAAAUCUUGGCGGCCUUGGUGAAAGGAGCCCCCUUCUUACCGUGACUUUAUUUGCGCAUAGUAUAGUAUGUGAAUGUGGUAAUUGUCGUCGUCGACAUCUGUGAUAUCUGUUGAUAAAAGUGUCUUCCAAAGGAACUCAUUAAGUUGGCAUUCUCAUGAUCCCUAUCUCACACUUCCAAGCCUUCUUCCUUUUUGCUUACUACAUACCUUCGGUCCAUGACUAUGAUGAACGGCAUAGAUCUUUUCCCAAGUACAAAAAAGAAUAAAAAGCAUUCCGGGAAUUUAACCUCUCUCACAA